AUAAUAAAGCUAUAAAUCCUCUCUAAACUCUUUCUUUAAUAACAACAGCAACAAAAAACCACCUAAAUGUCCGACGAAGUGCCUUCGGGGAGAUUGUCACAGAUCUUUGAUCCUCUAACCAAUUUACAACAGCAACCCUCCUCUCAUUACCAGCAACAAUUGGCCAUACAACGCCGAAGAUCUGCCUCGUCUUCACCCUCACCCUCCACAUCGGGCAGGGCGACACCAGCUUCACUGGGAGCCGCUAGCAAUGGUAGUGCAGCCAGCAGUACAAGUUCACAUUUUCAGCACUAUCAACAUCAGCAGCAGCAGCAAAAUUAUCAAUAUUUGACUCAGACGCACAAUUAUUUUCAUGUAAGGACACAGGAGGUGGGGGAAGGAGGAGGGGGAGGAGUUAUGGGUUCGGGCGGUCAUAAUUAUUUGCAUACUUUUCCUUCGACUCAUACCCCCAGUCACUUGCAGCAGCAGCAUUUAAUGCAGCAGCAAUAUCAACACUAUCAGCAGCAACCUGCAGCACAAAUGAUGCCUUCGGCGUACUUGCAUCAUAGUCAGCAGCAACAGCAUUCUCUACCGCCCUUGUAUGCCACCUCACAGUCCUUGACAGCCUCUCCCUUAUUAACCAAAAGAGCCAUUUCAUUUAGUGGACAAAUUCCUUUAAAUAGACAACAAAUGGAAAAUCUUAAUGCAUCAGCAAAUGCUGGACACAAGCAGCAUCAUCAUCAUGUCCAGCAAACCGCACAAUCUACCCCCAAUAGUCCCCGCUUAAUGCCAAGAAGGCCUAACAAACCUCCACCCAUACCCGCCAAGCCCUCAAGUAUACCCAGCACUUCCUCCACCACCAGCUCUAGCAGCAAUAAUACAAAUCAAAAGGAUGGUGGAGGUGGUGGGGUUGGAGCCAUUAAUCCAGUUUCAUCUUUAGAUGGGGCUGAUGCCCCCUGGCCACAUUUUUCUUCAUUGACCGACUAUUUGGAUGUGCAUCAGGUUAAUAAUUAUGGACAGGCAGUGCCAGAGGUAAGUUUUUGUUGAGAGGAAAGCAAAAAAGGAUUUUAAUUUUGUGGAUAUUUUAGAUAAAUUGGCAAGAACGCUGCCUGGAGCUGCAAUUGGAAUUACAUCGUUCGAAGAAUCAAGCG